AUGGCUGAAGAAUCUGUAGACAGUGGAAUUUCAAGUGAACUAUACACUACAAAACCUGAUCAAACCUCUGGUAACCUUAAUACUGAGUUGCAACAAUCAGAGGAGAAUAAAAAUACUCAUAGCUUAAAAUUAAUUCACUCCGUGGACAAUUUUAUAUAUAAACCUUAUCAUAAUCGCUUUUAUACAGAAUGUUCCAAACCAGACAGUCAUGUAAGCUUUCUUCGAAAUGCACUUUAUAAAAACCCUCAUUUGGACAACGAUUGUUUCUUAGAUUCUACUGAUCAAAGUUACUUAUUUACUAAUCCCAAAUUAAAUAAAAACCAAGUAUUAAAGCAAUUUAAAAAAUUCAAUAUCAAUUCAUUUGAUUCUGCAUUUGAAACAAGUUCUGAAUCAACUUUAUCACUUGUAUCAAAUUUAUCUGGAUCGUACCAAAAAUUAAAUUGUUUAAUAAAGCCAAAAUAUUCUUCAUAUUCCAACAAGGUUAAUAAUUUCAUUGAACAGGCGAAUAAAAAUAUGGCAGAAGAUCCUAAUAAAUCAUUAUUUCAAGACUUUUAUACAUGUGAUAAGCAAACAAAUCGAUAUAAUAUGAAUGAAGGUAAAACCUUAAAUCCUCGUGUACACUUUGUCCCGGAAGAAGGAUCAAAUACAUCGAAUUUACCUGGACAAAGUAGACCAAGUUCAGAAUAUGCUCAGGAUUCAACAGGGAAUAUAAGUGAUCAAAAUAAAAUGUUAUCUCAAUUGCUUUCAGCACGUAAUUAUGUAUACAUGCCAACGAAUAGUAUUACAACCACUGGAACAUGUAACAUUCGUGCUGGACAACUUUUAUCUAACCGACAACGCCAGCAACAACCGUAUCAGCAGCCAACCCAUCUUUAUGAUACAUAUCCUGAGAGCUUAAGUCAGAAUUUAAAUCAAGUAACUGAAAACAACAGUAGAAAUAUACCUUAUUUUCUGCAGAGGCAACAACAAACAAGUCAAAAUCGCAUUCUCAGUGACCAAGUAUGCGAUUCUGGAAAAGGAUUAAAUCAGCCACAACAAACACGACUUCAAAACCAAUCAUACGCACAACAAGCAAAUUAUCAACAGUUGAUUUCGGCGUUAUUAGCUGCUGCUUCCUCCAGUAAGUCUAGACUGGAGCCCCAGUCCUCACAUCCUUCUAAUCUUUCACCAAUAGGCAUAGAUACAACAUUGAGCCAACAAAUAUUUAAUACAUCUAAUCGUUGGUCUGAUUCCGAACUAGCAAUUAGUAACGCUAAAGACUUACAAUAUCAAGUUCAACAACAACAGAUUAGACAACAACAGCAACAACAAGCAACUGCAGCAGCCGCUGCGGCAGCGGCUGCAGCUGCUGCAAUGGCUGCAUUACAAUGUUCUGCUAAAUCUUCAAGUAAUAUUCCAUUAAAUAUCCAAAGGCAAGUACCUUUUCUGUUUGGUAGUAGUAGUAGUAGUAAUACUACUCAGAGACAUCCAGCACAAAUGCGUUCAUCUUAUUCAUCUGGUGAUGAGUCGUCCGUAAUGCGAAUUAUGAACCCAGCAUCAUUAGUUACACCAAUGCAAACAUUACGUAGAUUUUGUGCCCCUGAUGUGAAUAUAAAUGAACCAAAUAUAUCUCAGACUCUGUUAUUACCUCAACAAUCAAUGACUACAAUGUCUGACAGUGUUCCACUUUCUGAACAAAAUGAUAAGGUACAACGCGCAACUCAACAGUUAAUCACACAGCUGAAUAAAUUUCAUGAUUUAUCUGUUUCUGGAGACGAUUAUGCAAAUUAUCAAUGUUUAGAAUCUUUACUGGGACAAACAUCGAGGCAGCCUUUGGCGCCAGCUCCUUCAGUUCAAAUGGAAAAUGUCCUUUGUACAGAUCCUGCUGGGACCAGAUCAACUUAUCCAAAUGAAUCCCUAUAUAUGUCUUCUAAAACUCCUGCCCAAGUUAUUGGAAAUGUUCGGACAUCAACAGCACCAACUAGUCUUUCUGGUCAAGCUGAUUUAGAAACAGCCUAUUCAAAUUUAGAUUCCCAUUCUUUUGGAACGUCAAAGGUGUUAUCAGAUCGUUUUGGAGACUUUCUAACUUUACCAAGCGAAAGAUGUUUAUCGACAUCUCAGGCUCCAAGUCAUCCUACACAGUCUUCUGCAUACGAUUUGGACACUUCCAAUACUCCGUCUAGAACAUUAAAUUUACAGAAUAUUGAUCGUGUCCCAAAACCUGGUAAUCUGAAUGGACUAUUUAUUUUACAUGUUAUUGCGGGCAAAGGUUUGAAUUCUACACAUAUUAUUGUCAGAGAUCUUUACUGUGUUAUUGAAAUGGACUCUGUACGUAAGGCUCGCUCCAUGAUACGUACCAGUACAAGUUAUUUCGAGUGGAACGAGGUAUUUGAACUGGAUAUGGAGGAUAAUAGAUUUUUAGCCGUUUUACUUUAUCAGUGGGAUCCACGUACCAAACAUCGUUUAUGUUUUUAUGGUGGUAUUGACUUAAAAAAUCUACUUGGCAGAUUAUCAUCAAGUACUACAGCAUCAUCAUCUAAUACUCCAACAAAUGAAACUAUUCUUAGCCCUUCUGUAUCGAUUUUAUCCAAAACUUUUUAUAAAAUCGCCCUCCAGCUUGAACCAAGAGGUGUAUUAUACCUGGAACUUGCACAUGUACCACUGGAAAAGCUGUUUCAUCGUAAUCAACAUCAAUUAAGUACAAGUGCGUUAAGUUCAACAAGUACUGAUCGCUUAUUAUUCGGUGUAUCAAUCGAUGAGUUGAUUGAACGCGAACGUGUAAUAUGUCAAAUUACUGAAUUAUACUCUCCAAAACAAUUAAUUUAUCAAAAUACGUCUGAUUAUAUGUUGAUACCAUUAUUUAUCAAGAAAUGUGUCGAAGAGAUCGAUAAACGUGGAUCAGAUGUUGUUGGCGUUUAUCGUCUUGCCGGUUCUGUCUGGAUGAAGUUACAAGUGCGUGAAUUAUUUAAUCGUGUUACAAAGUCUACACUGAAAGCUAUAGUUCAUGAAGAUGCUAAGGCCAUUAGAGAUAUUAUACAAUUGGUGGAUUUAUCAGCCCAGCGUAUUCCAGACAUUCACGCUAUCACUGCUGUAUUUAAAGAUUUUCUUCGAGAAUUACCAGAACCCUUAUUCACAAGUGCAUUAUAUCCAAUGUUUUAUGAUGCCAUGCAAAUAGCAUUGCCUGGAUUUACACAAAGUGGUGCAAAACUUGUAUUAAAUAUUUUAGACUGUCUACCAGCAAAUAAUCAAGAAAUACUUCUGUAUCUCUUGGAUCAUUUUAAACGAUUAACAAAUAAUUGUGAAGUGAAUAAAAUGGAUACACAAAAUCUAGCAACUUGUCUUGCUCCAGUCUUAUUCUAUCCUUCACCAAGUUCUGCCAGAAAUCUUGAUCCAAAUAUUUUGGAGCCUAGAAAAAUGGCGGAAAUAUUUAAAUUUAUUUUAGAAAUUUGGCCAGAUGACCGUUCAAGGUCAUAUAAAUUUAGUCCUGCAGAACCUUGGACUUCGCCAUAUUCUUCAAAUGCUCCACUGCCAGAAGAACAACAUCAAACUGGGUUUCAUCCCCAACAACAAUAUCAUCAUCACCACCAUCCGAAACAUCGUUACGAUCAAUCCAGUCACCGAGCUUCAAGUGCCAUUAGAUCGACAAUUUCCGGACCAGCUGGAACUGGGCUGGGCUAUCGAUCACCACACACUGUACAAAGAUCUAGCAUUUUAGCUAGUAAGGCCGAGUCAGAUAAAUCAGAUUAUGCCGGAAUAGGCAGAAGUGGAACUGUGAAAUAUGGAAAUGGAUCUAAUGGUUCAUCAAGACAAGGAGUUGGUCAAGAAGGACAUCGGAGAACUAACAGAGAUCCACGACAAACUGUCAGUUUUGGUAAUGCAAAAACAAUACGAACACAUUCAGCUCAAAGAAAAACGUUAUCCCAAACAGAUAUCACUUUGGGUAGUGCCAGAGAGUAUACAGUGGGCUUUGAUUUCCGAGAUCAACAGGUGAUGCUCCCAAGUGAUGAUCCAAAUAUCCGUGUACAUCCGCGUUUACAGGAUAUACCAACAACUGGAUCUACUGGAACAGAUAGUGGAACACGGUCAAGCUUAUCAGUUGGUUCAAGACAACCUUGUCCUGCACAUGCUAGCUCAUUAGUUGAUAGAGGUGAACUCAUCAGAAGCUCCAGUCAGGAACGUCAACAUUACGGACGAACCCAUCGAUUCUCUAGACGUUCACACCCAUUUAGUUAG